GGCUGGCUGGAAAGAGAGGCUGCGGUUGCCGUGGCGACGGACGUGCCUUGGGCCCGGAGCGAGGCCGCCGACCUUGAGGAAAAAAUGACUGCUGGAUCCAUCUUAGUGCCUCAAAUUAUACCACUACGACUUUCAACACCAGGCAGAGCUAAACAUGAAAUAGAUACAAAUACACUUAUAGAGAUCAAAUCGGAUACCCCUGAUGUCACCAUAUAUUAUACUAUUGAUGGAAGUAAACCACAACUCUUUAGGAAACUUAAUUACAGAGAUCAUAAUACUUUUAAGUAUAAUGGGCCAAUCACAUUACCAGAUGGGAAAAUAACAAUUAAGGCACUGGCAGUUACAAAAGACGGCAGAGAGAGUACCGUUGUAACAAAAGUAUUUGUAGUAGAAUAUGUCACUCCCAACGUACAUGUACCUGAUGAAGAUGAUCAUGAGAAUUUCCUGGAAGAUCUCGUCAGUCAGGAGAUGGAAGAUGAAUUGUCUCAUGUGAAACUAAGAAAGAAAGAACCGAGUGCUGACAGCAGCUUCCAUUUGCAUGAUGUAGCACUGGAAUUACAAGGCUUGUCAAAAGAAAAAUCGUUCGUGCCCUCACAAAUCAUUGGAACACAUAUGUUGAAAAAUUACUUGAAUACCUCAAGUGAUGGAGAAAAGUCUCAUUCUGCCACAUGGAUGCCUCAAUCUCAGAUGGAAUUGUGCAACAAAUGCCAGACUAUGGUGCCAAGGAACUCACCAACAUGUAUCGUAUGUGAAGCUCUGAUGACUCCACGGCUGCAAGAACAAGGCAGCAUCCGCCAAAAGGGCAAAGUAAUCUACUGUGUGUGUGGAGCAGGAAAUCCAAUUUGCAUUACGCAGUGUGUGGUCUGUGGGAUCCAAUUUCCAGAAGCGCAAAUGAGCAACAGCUUGCAGACCAGGCAGCAAUCAGUCAUUUCAUUGCCACCAUCAAUACCUAAUUUAAUAGAGAAAAAAGAGCAAGGAACUCAAACCAUUGGCUUGUUCUACCCAUCCGUCAAAUUUCUAGAGAAGAAAGAAAGUGAGCUCCUUUCUCAAAAGGAAAAAUUGAAUGAGACAAAGUAUCACAAGCCUCUGCUCACAGCCAUCAGUCCUGGAAGAGGUUACUGGAGGAAGCAACUAGAUCAUGUUUGUGCACACCUCCGAAGCUACACACAGAACAAUCUGGAGUUCAGGACUUUGAUUGGAGAACCUCAAAUGGGGAAGCUUAUUUCUGCUACAGUCCACAAGGAUAGCUAUCAAGUCAGUCUCCAGAUAAAUUAUGCACUUGCUAUAAAUAAGGAUAUUUUGACCAAUAAACCACUGACAUUUGGCUAUCAUGAACUGAGCCCCAGGAAAGCAGAAAGAGCUGGAUUACAUGAAAGUCAAGCCAGUCUGGCUCGAGAAGAGAGCCAAAGAGUGCCAAGCCCCAGCGAGAAAGUCAAAAGGAUGAUGAAAACAGGGACAUGUCUAGAAAAAGAAGACAAGCUCACUACUGAAUCUAGGCAGUUGCUGAAGGAAGUGGGUCCAAAAGGCCAAGGGCGACCUUUCGUAGUAGAACAACUGAUUGACGAGGGAGCUGACCCCAACUGCACCAACAGCGAGGACCAACCUGCUUUAACACUGGCUGUGCUGAACAGGCAUCAUGAAGUUAUUCCCAUUCUCGUGCAGAAAGGUGCCAACAUGGACCAUCAGUCAAGACCGCUUAACAAUACGGCUCUACAUGAAGCAGUCUUACUUGGAUUGGAAGGAUGGGAAUGCAUGGAUGCAUUGUUAGGAUGUAAUGCAAACAUUAAGAAGAAGAAUUCCAGAGGGCUGUCAGCCUGUGAUUUGGCACUGAAGAGUGGCAUUGACAAAAUAGUUUCAUUGUUUGCUGGAAAGCUAGGAGAGAGGAUGUUAGACAAAACUUCCACAACACGGGCAGAGUCCACCUAAUGGCUCAGGGCCACAAUACCUCAAGGACCGCCUCUCCCCAAAUGAACCGACCCGGACCCUACAAUCAUCACCUGCAGCCCA